AGGUAAUGAUGGCCUUUCAUCGCUUCCUGCUCAUGGCUCUGCCGAUGUUGGUCUCUGCUGCUGUCAGCAUUGACUGUUCAAGAGAGAACUCAUGCUUCGGGGAGCCGUACGGUUGCAGUCCAAACGCCGGAUGCAACUCGCUCUUCCACUUCGACACUGACCACAAUCUGCAUUUCUACAUCCGCAAUUUCACCGAUAUGAGUGGCUACGCAGCAUUUGCAGUCAACAGAAGUUCAGACGAGACGAUUGAAUACUUUGUGAUUCUUCCAUACCAACGACAACUUCUUCGCGCUCAUGCCGACUUCGGAGGAAGAGUGCUUAUUUCCGAAAAGAGAAUCUCUGGUGAUGUGGAAUAUCUUGGCAAAACUGACUUUCGUUGUACUUUCCCGGCUUCCGAACUCCCAACCAAGUUCCAACAAGAGCAAUUAUUCUUUGUGUCAAAGGGAACUUUUGUUGAAUCGUUCUUCGUCCACGACGGCAUUCAACUGUUCAAUUUGGAGGACGAUGCUCAAUUUGAUAUUGUUUCUGCUGAAGUUCCAUUGACUCCAUCGAUUUAUCACAUUGGUUCUCAAGUCGGAGGGAGUUCCAUGGAAGACGUGCUGACUUCAGAUGAAAAGGACUCACUUUCAGAAGCGAUCAGUAACUUGCCCAAGAGCCCCAAGAGCAAGACAGACAGAGAUCUAGAGACGUUGGCUCAAUCUGGAUCGAAAACUCGCGAUUCUCACUCGCGCCGCCGCCAAUACCCGGAAUACGAGUACGAGGACGAAGAUCGUGAGGAGAUGGAGUCCCGGCCAAGACGUCGUCACAGCAACAACGCUAGAGGUCGCUCAACUCGUAAGCAUCGUGAGGAAGGUGAAUCGGACGAUGAGAAUGAGGAUUAUGAAGAGGAGGAAAGUAAGACUCGUAAAACCAACCGUCGCAGUCGCAACGAUGAUGAUGACAUUCUCGACGAUGAAGAUAACUUCAAACCCCGCAGAAAACCUUAUGGAGGUCGCUCAGCUCAUAGAAACCGAGAGGAAGAUGAUUAUGAGGAUGAUGAGGAUUAUGAGGAAGACAAUAGUUUUAAGCCUCGUAAAACUAACCGUCGUAGUCGCAUCGAUGAUGAAGAUGAGUCCAAGCCACGGAAGACACAGAGAGGGCGGAAAAACAAGAAGGAUUCCGAUGAGGAUGAGUUGUUUGAUACAGAGGAAAACGAUGAGGACUGGUCUGACCUGGACAAUUCUGGAAGUAGAUUGGAUAAAAGGAAGCACAUUGUUUGUGAUCUUGUUGCAAUUGCUCUCAUUUUGGUUUUCAUGUUUUAAGUACUAACAUGUCUUAAGUACCAAUAUCAAAUUUUAGAAAAUGUAUAAUGUAUCACUCUCCCCACCUCACUAUCACCCCAAUUACUCACCAUUUACACUGCUAACACACCUAGUUUCUUAUCCAUUUUGCAUGCCUUGCUUGAAUCUUAGAUACCACUUUUUUUGCAUUCUUAAUUUUUUUUUGCAAAUUGCUCAAAUUAACAAUACACAUACGGUUUUU